AUGGGCCUCCUAAACCGCAUCCGCGUGCCCCAGGCCGCUGGUACAGCCGAAGUCCACGGUCGCGACGCUCUCCUCGAAAAUGACGACCUCCGGCCUUUGAAACUAGCCGACCGCACAUGGGACAAGUGGACCUACUACACGUUCUGGUUCUCGGCCACCGCCACCGUUUCGAACUGGUACGCCUCAUCGACAGCGCAAGCUCUGGGCCUGUCCAUGUGGGAGUCCCUCGCCUGCGCGUUCGGAGGGCAAUGUCUGAUCGCCAUCAUCAUCACUCUCAACGGCCGACCCGGAAGUUGUUACCACGUGGGAUAUCCCGUCGUAUGCAGGGCUGCUUUUGGCAUCUAUGGUGCAUGGUGGCCGGUUUUCAACCGGGCGGUGAUGGCCAUCGUAUGGAAUGGGGUGAACGCCGCUCAAGGCGCCCAAUGCAUCUACGUCAUGCUUCAUGCCAUCAUCCCGGGCAUAGCGAAGAUUCCCAAUACCAUGGGCGAAGGCUCGGCACUUACGUCAGGGGGCAUGAUUGGUUUUGUCAUUUUCUGGCUUAUUACAUGCGCCUUCCUCGUCAUCCCCGUUCCCAAGAUGCGCGGGCUCGUCUACGCCAAGCUCGGCGUCUUCGUCGUCUCGGCCGUGGCCAUGCUCGCAUGGACAGCGACGAAGGCUGGCGGCCUCGGGCCCGUUGUGAAUCAGGGUGGCAAAGCAAAGGGCUCGGAGCGGGCGUGGCUCAUUGUCCAAUUCUUCAUGCUUGGCGCGGCGAACUGCGCGACAUUUGCCAGCAACGCCGCAGAUUUCCAGCGCUAUGCUCGGAAGAAGAAUGACGUUAUCAUCGGAAAUCUGUUUUGCUUCCCCAUCGCCAACUUAGUCGUUGCGGCUGUGGGCAACUUGGUCUGCGCCUCUAGCGAACUGAUAUUCGGAGAGCUUAUCUGGAACCCCAUCACAUUACUGGACACGCUCCAGACGACCAAUUAUACCGCGGCGAACCGGGCUGGAUGCUUCAUCAUUGCUGGCUGCUUUGCCUACUGUUGUAUCUUCAGCUCCAUCUUCGAGAAUUCUUUGCCAGCCGGUAACGAUAUCGCGGCUCUCUUUCCGAAAUACCUUACUGUCCGGAGGGGCUUUUUUGUCUGCGCGGUCGUUUCUUUUGCCAUCAACCCCUGGUACCUUCUUGGAUCCGCCUCAAUCUUUGUGUCAUUCCUCUCCUCCUACCAAAUCUUCCUCUCUGCCAUAACUGGGGUCCUUCUUGUCAACUAUUACGUCAUCGGACGCGGUCGCCUCGACAUCCCAGACUGUUUCAGUUCAGCAAAGUCGGGAGCUUAUCACUAUUCCCACGGAUGGAACAUCCGCGCCUAUGUCGCCUAUCUUGUCGGAAUUAUUCCGAAUUUCUUCGGCUUCCUAAGUAACAUGGGCGUCUCAGCACCUGUAGGCGUAAAAAGAUUCUAUUUCUUUGCCUACUGGGUUGGCCUUGCUCUGUCUGGCUUCACAUUUUGGCUCACAUGUAAGAUCUGGCCGCCACCAAUUAUGGAGGAUAAGUGGGUCGAACCGAAAGAUUAUGUGCGGCCAGAGGAGUUGGAGGGAGACGGUUCUGUGAUUGAGGCAAUCAACCUGCCGCAUGAGAGCUCUGUGGCAGACAACGAAAAAAGCGCCAGUGAGAAAACAGUAGGGGUGUAA